AUGUGGCUCAACAUAUUUUUCCUUUUCGCUUUAAUCAUUUCACCUUCAUUUUCUUAUUCAGAACUUGAAAAAUGUGAUUUUGCUGAAUCAAUUGAAGUUAUCGGAUGUGUAUCGGUAAAUUUCUUUUUUUCUCAAUAAUUAUUCAAAUCAUAAUAGAUUCCAGCCUGUUUUGGAUAUUGUGACCAGAUUGGAUGAUAUUGGAAAUAUGACUCGAGCUCGCGCUUUUCGUAUCAAUGAGGAAUGCAAAAAUACCUCGGUAAUCUUUAUUUCGAGUCUCGCCUCUACAAUAUGAUAUGUUUUCAGAGAUGCCUUUCAGCUAUAAAAUGCACUUCUGAUCAGAAAUUGGAUAAAACCAUGGAUGUUUUGUGCGAUGCUUUCAGCUAUUUUUCAACAGACUUUUUUGAGUGCCAGAAGAAUAUUACUCGUCAAAAUCCUCCGUGUAUCAGAAAAAUUGGAAGUCAAUCACAACAUAUGUUGAGUAUGCAAACAGUAUGUUCAAAUUUAUAUUUCCAUAAAUUUUCCAAAAUUUUCCAGGAACCCGAAAAAUUCUGUAAAUUCACCAUAAAAGCUUCAAAAUGUUUCAAAGAGGAGAUCACUGAUAUUUGCGGUGAACAAUAUUGGACACCAAUCAAUACAUAUUUCAGCAAGUUGAGCAAACUCGGAAACUUGCCAUGUAAAUUGAAUUCUGUGUAA